AUGGCUACAUUACCACAAUUCAGUACAUCACAGACAGGGCCCAAGCCCGUCUUGGUGCAAAUAGAAGACCAGUAUAAUAAAAGAAUCGACGAUGAUAUCGGUAAACUGGUCGAUUGCUUCACAGACAUUGUCAAAGUGGGCGAGAAUAAAGACAAGGAUAAGUUCAAAGUGGCUCAAGAAGGAUAUCAGAUAGAGAGCCAAUCUGCACAGAUUGUGAGAUCGUGCGAAUCAUUACUAUCGCUCAUUGGAGAACUAAAGCAGAACUUACUGCUCAAUGACACCAAGACAUUAACAACAUUACGGCAGACGAGAUCCGAGAAACUGAUUGAAAAUACAACAGCCAUUAAAGAUCGCAUGCAAUUGAUGAAAAAGGAAUUGGCAGAGACAGUGUACGAUUUGGAAACCGUGUUUUAUCGUUCAUUGACGGAUGUUUAG